GGAUUUUUGUGCUUUUUCUGUUGGAUUCGGAAGAGAAUCUAAAGGGACAACAGGUUUUAGUGCCCUAUUAAUCGCUUUGCUGUGCUUUACGGUGAUAAAAAGAUUAAUUUGAUUGGUUGAAGUGAAAAUAUUUAAGGUUACUUCCGGAUAAACCAAGAAAAUUGCCAACUUGAUUGGCUAAUAAAUAAACACAGCGUGCGAUGACCACGCUUAUCCCAACGUCGCAACCCACCGGGGUUGAGACGUACGAGGACAUGUUCAAAGAAAUCACUCGUAAAUUAUACGGAGAAGAAUCUGCACAUGGUCUAUAUCCGCACAACACCCAGGUGGUGCAAGUAGCCCAGCUAGGAUCUGGAGCUACGGCGGCUCCAGAGGGUGGUGAACGCUCCUUUACAACGUUAGUGUCGGAUCGUAGUCUAACGCAAAUCGAUUACGAAACCCCUACAGUGAGCGAUCAACAACAGCAAGGCGUUGCUGGUCAACAAGCACAAUCACAGCAGCAACCGCCAGGUGGUACCUUUAAAACAGAGGAUCAUCUAACGACGGCUUUUGGAUUGGCCGCCCUUAUGCAGAAUGGGUUUCCGCCCCCAGGUGCCAUACUAAACCCGGUCAAUUUCCCGGUUAGCACAUCAGCGAAAACGAGCACAAAUAUCACAACUGCCAACACCUCUGAUGAUCGUUGGCAGCAGACUCAACAACAAAGCACUCCUCAGGAGCAACCUGGUGACCAAAUUUGGAACACCGGCAAACAUUCCUCGUCGUCAUCGUUCUCGCAAAAGCCAUUCAAGAAACCCAAAGUGGAGCCACAGGAUAACUCGCCCACUACAAACGGUGCCAGUACGUUGAACAUUCCCCAAGCUGGAACGGAUAAGAAAGGCAACUUCACUGCGGCAGCAGCCGUAGGAGCGGCAACAGGCAAACGCUACAGCUGUACUUCUUGCCCAUACACUACUGAUCGCCGGGAUCUGUUUACACGCCAUGAAAAUAUUCACAAGGAAGAAAAGCCAUUCCAUUGUUACGCUUGCCUCAAACAGUUCAAUCGGGCGGAUCACGUGAAGAAGCAUUUCCUUAGAAUGCAUCGCGACAUGGAGUACGAGAUUGCCAAAACUAGGCGCACAGUAAGCACGAAAAGUUACUACAAUAACGGUACCAAUACUAGCGGAAUUGUGCCGACAGUGUCCGCUCCUGCUCCAACUCCUGUGGUUUCUCAACCACAAACUAUCCAAGCCAACACACUAAACAUUCCGCAGGCUGCUUUCCCAACACAGAUAACCAUUCCCUCCCAUCACGUAACCAUCGAACAUUCCACCGUCAAUACCUCCACCAUCACCACGCUGAACGGUGCCAUACAUCAUGUCACACAGCACCAAAACCAACAGCAACAGCAAGCCCCAACACUGCAACACCAACAGCAGCAGCAGCAACCACAACAGACGACACAAAUCAUCGUGGCUCCACCGAUAGUUGCCAUCAAGCAGGAGAAAGGAACUGCCAUCGUAACGAAUAACAACAGCAACAUUGUCAACAGUAGCAUCAACAGCAGUAACACUAGCAACAUGGUUGAUGAAAAACCAUUCGCCAAGAAGGGUAAAAGCGAGAAACGAUUCACCUGCUGCUAUUGUCCCUGGUCCGGUGCUGAUAACUGGGGCCUGAAACGCCAUCUGAACACCCACACGAAACCGUUUGUCUGUAUGCUUUGCGACUACAAGGCAGCACGCUCGGAACGCCUGGCGACGCACGUGUUCAAGGUACACAACAAGAAAGCCUGCAACAAAUGCAACUAUUUCGCCGAAGAUCAAGAGCAACUGAACGCACAUCAACUGGAGGUCCACCUACUCAACAUGCAGGCAAUUGGGCGCAACAAAGCUUCCGUCACGCAGGAUUUUCAUAACGCGGGAGGCGGAAACCAUUACGUUAGCAACAACAGCAGCAACAGCAACAGCAGUAGUAGCAGCAACAGUACCAAUAAACUGUCGUUACUAGUAGCAGCAUCCUCGUCAGCAUCAUGCUCACCAUCGUCCUCACCACCGUGGUGCUCGCCGGCCCUGGCAACAGCUGCUGUCGCUGCCAUGAACGAUUGCUCAACGAAACAAAACCUACACAAUGCGAUGGGCAGCCCCGUGCCGGCCACCAGCCUGACUGAGGAGCAUCUGUCGCUGCUCCAGCUACUGGCCACGGCCGCCGUUGCCCAGCAACAACAUCUGCAGCAACAGAAGGCGACGUCGAUGACCACCAAUAUCACUACGCCGCCUCCCGCGAACCAUCCUCCACAGCAACCGAACCACCAUCAUCACGAGAAUAGUACAAAUAGUCAGAGUCAGAAUUCGACCGCUGAUGCCGGUUCUAAGCGACGUCGCAAAAGUAGUUCCCGAAAGGACAAGGAAAACCAAGACAAAAUCCACCGUCGUCCGCUGCCAUCCCCAGCGGUUGGGACGAUCGGUAGUGGACAGAAGGUUAUGGAUUUGACCACCCACUCGGCCGGCGGUCCUACAGGCAACGGAAUUGAACGAAACAACAACAGCAGCAACAAUAACAAUAGUAGCGUUAACAAUAAGAAUAUAAACGAAACUAUUUUUGAUAGAGUGUAUAAGAAGCCGUACAACAAUAUGAUGUAUUUAGCGAGCGCGUUCUGUAAACCGAUCAUCGAGAAAGAGGAGAACGAACCGGGCGAAGGUAAGGAGCCUUUUUCGCUGGCUGAGUUUCUGCGAAACCACAAAGAGGUUUCCAUCAGUACUCUGUCGCCCAGUAGCACCAAACCAGGAGAGGAUGAAGAUGUGGUUUUUGUCAAAGAGGAGCAAAGUCGAAAGCAGCUGGAACAGCAUAAGUUCACAGCUGCCGAGCAGAAUACCCCCUCGUUGGAUGCCGCAGAUGAUGCUACUCAAAUCGGUGACAUUCGGGACAAGCACAUGAUCCGGCUCAUUACUCGUCGGCUUUGCUGUCGCAUUUGCCAGAACCAGCAGCGGUUGGAACGUCUGGACAACUGUCACUAUCACAGCAAGACUUCGUUGAUAUUGCACACUCGCUGGCGCCACGGAUCGGUGUCCAGUUCCAAGCAAUGCUGCAAAUUUUGCGGAGCUCAGUUUGUCCAGCGCUACAAGCUAAUCCUACAUCAAAGACUGACACAUCGCAAUGCGAAGCUAGGCAACAAGACCAGGUCAACGGAGAAAAUUCCAGCUCCUGCGAAAAAAUCCGCUAAAGGUACCAGUAAAAAGUCUAAGCAACGCAAACAGAAAAAGCGCAAACAAAAAUGUCGAUCAGGCGGUAAAAAACGAAAAUAAUCUGGAUCAAAACGUGAAGAAAGUUCAUUUUUUAAUUAUUCGUUUAUCUUUUUUUAUCGGUUAUUUCCACUGUACAGAUACUAUUGAUUUCAACUAAGCGGCAAUCUAGCGUCUUAGCCAGUCGAAAAGGAAUAGCUAUUCUACUAGCGUUGUACUACUACAGAGCCAGAAGAAGUCUGGCAUGUGUGUUUUCGCACAAAUAGUUUUUACACAUAGAACGACAAGAGUUCGUCAACAAAUUUAUCGCGGACGGAAAAUUACUUCCGUUGCUACAAAAACAGCUCAAAACUCAAUCCGGCUUAGCCAAGUGUGCAAUCUACUUAUCUUAUGUUAAUUUUCGAUUUUCAAACAAACACUAGCGCUGGCAACAACGUACAAACACGAAAACACGUUUGUUUUUAGAUCAACUUUAUCAAUGAGAGCAGAAUAUAUUACUUUUUUUUUGUCGUUGGUAACAACAUUGAAACAAUUCCAAACAUCAGAGAAAACAUUAUGCAAGAUAAUGUAGAACGGAAUUAUUUUAUUGGUUAGAUUUUCGACACACUACGAUACUAAUAAUAUUAAACAAAGAUCAACACAGAAGAAAUUAACACGUGUCAUACCCAUGUCAUGAGGGCAGAAAAGCAGAUGAGAAGAGAAAAUUGAAAAAUA